AUGCUCUUCUCUUCUUCCUUUCCCCCUUUUCACCUAGAGUUUUCGUUUCUCGGAGCUGCACAUUUCGUCCCCCACCCCUUUGGCUUCAAACAUGUUGCAUCAGUCACUACCCCACUCAGUGUCGUCCAUGGUUACUACAAAAGGAUUGAGAAGGACCUGAAUCUAUCUAUCUAUCUAUCUAUCUAUCUAUCUAUCUAUCUAUCUAUCUAUCUAUCUGUCAGACAGUGUCAGCCUGUUUCUAUCUAUCUAUCUAUCUAUCUAUCUAUCUAUCUAUCUAUCUAUCUAUCUGUCAGACAGUGUCAGCCGGUUUCUAUCUAUCUAUCUAUCUAUCUAUCUAUCAUACAGUCUCAGUCUGUUUCUAUCUAUCUAUCUAUCUAUCUAUCUAUCUAUCUAUCUAUCUAUCUAUCAUACAGUCUCAGUCUGUUUCUAUCUAUCUAUCUAUCUAUCUAUCUAUCUAUCUAUCUAUCUAUCUAUCUAUCUGUCAGACAGUCUCAGCCUGCUUCUAUCUAUCUAUCUAUCUAUCUAUCUAUCUAUCUAUCUAUCUAUCUAUUUUAUUCCUAUUCUUAUUGUGUGUAUGUGCAUGCAUGUGUGGAUUCGGAUUAUUUUAUUAUAAAUCCGCAAUGA